AUGGACCGUGAGGCAUUCGUUAAAGGGCAGCUCGAAGCAGUUCAUAAAGCACUCACCAAAUAUGAAGUGCCCCUCAAACCAAAACACGCACGUCGCCUCAUUGUUGGGACUCACCAGGAGAGGUCCGCAGCAGUGUUUUGGAAUGCUGUCAAUCGAAUUCAAUUGGAGAAAAAUCCUGUUAUGACAUGGAAGUUCUGCCAUCUUCUCCAUAAACUGAUUCGUGACGGACAUAGGAAAGUACCUGAUGAAUCUCACAGGUUUUUGUCGAGGAUAAAGCAGCUAGGACAAUUUUGGAAGCAUCUCAAUACGUCAGGGUAUGGAAUAUGCAACGAAACAUAUACCAAACUACUUGCAGAAAGGCUCGAAUUCCAUAGAAAGUACCCUGUGAUGCCGGGCAGUCUUAUUCUUACUGAAUCUCAAAUCAAAACCCUUGAAAGCGAUUUGGACAACGCUUUUGAGAUGACAAUUGAUAUGUUGGAUCAAAUGGACAAUUUGCUCAGUUUACAGUCGAACGUGUACGAUGCCAUGGAAUGUCUUCGUUGGAGCUCAUUAGUUCCUCAGGGGCAGUGCCUCCUUGCACCACUAAUUUUAGUCAUACUCGACACAAGCAAGUUUUAUGACUAUCUUGUGAAGAUGAUUUUCAAAUUACAUGGACAGUUGCCUCCUGAUGCACUUGAAGGGCACCGUACCAGAUUCAGGGAAGUGUUCCGGCGGACGAAGAAGUUUUAUGAAGAGUCUAGCAAUCUACAGUACUUCAAGUACUUGGUUUCAAUACCAACGUUGCCCUCGGCAGCACCCAAUUUCCUUCAAGCAUCGGAUUUGGACAGUUAUCAGACGCCACAUGCCUACCUACAUUCUGAGGGAUCUGAAGAUGGUCAAUCAGUUGCUGCCGAUGAGGUCCUGCUGGAUCUCGGUUCAGAUGAGCCAGAGCAACGAUUUGAGCAGCAGGAACGUCCUUCAAGUCAGUCGGACCCGAGGGACGAACAGAUUUUGGCGUUAACGAGGGAUCUCGAAGAUGAACGAUUCGCGAAGGAGCGACUAAUUGCGGAGGCACGUUCUCGUAUCGAACAAUAUGAGAACAGGCUGGCUCAAAUGCAGGGUGAUUAUGAACAUGCACGACGAGAAGCUGACGAAUCUCGCGAAGAAUGUGAAAGCUUGAAGCGUGAUUUGGCCGCUAGAGAUGCUCAACGCGGGGAGAGCGACGAUAUGCGCGUGCAGGAAGCACAGGAACAGGCGCGAUUAGCUGAACAGCGCUUCGGUAAAAUGAAGGCAGCCUACGAGAAGUUCCGAAAUGAACAUGUUUUGGCUCUAACGAAGUUGGGAGAGUUACAAAAAGAGUUUGAAGCAAGUGAGAAGAGCAGAAUGGACAAGGAUGAAGAGUUAACAAGUAUGAGCAGAAAACUUGAAGAGAGUGAGAAAAACCUUGCGGCAGUUUCGUCCAAAGCGGAAAGUCACUCAGGAGCAGUGGAUGAACUACGGUCGCAACUAGCGAAGGCCGACAUUGAAAUGGAACAAUUGCGCCAGAGUCUCGAGCAUCUCAAGGCCGAGCACAAGUCCGAAUUGGUUAGUGCCUCAGAUCGUUUCGUCGACGAAAAAGCUGCAAUCGAGAAGAAGAUAAACGGAGGAAUUCGCGCUGCCGUGUCAACGAUUCUUCUCCGCUGCGAUGAAGAGCUUCCCAAUGUCACCUCCAUAUCGUAUCCUCCACAUCUUGCACAGUCUGCACUGAAUGUUUUCUUGACGCUGUUGAAUGAAAAGGAUUCCCCAGCGGUCACCGACUUGAUAGUAUUGGCACACUCUUGUGUUUUGACGGUUAAUGGAUGUGCUGCUGCUGCUUAUACGGCCUCUAUCCAGCACUUUGAUGGUGAGUCCGUUUUGAGUUUAUGCGGCUACCUUACUCUAAAUUUGCAAACUUAUUUCUAUUCUUUCUGUAAUUUUACACUGCAGAUGUCAAUGAACAGUGUCAUCUUGUUGGUACGUACAGCAAGGGAAGCCUUCGCCUCUCAGGUUCUGAACAUUGAACAGUUGAAGACGGAAGCAAAGAAACUCCAGGAAAUGAUGACUGGAUUGCCUCUACAAACAGAUGUGGACAAGGAUAUCGUUGGAGCUGAGCUUGAAAGUGAAAUGAUGCGUAUGAGUGAAGCGAUUCGUGCAGCUGUGGAAGAAAUUGAAAAGAUUCAAGAGAGGGCACGUAUCAAUACGGAGGGAAUCAGGUUGGAAGUGAAUGAGGCCAUUCUUGGAUGCUGUCAGCAACUAAUGUCUGCUAUCAUGGCAUUGGUUAUAUCUUCUCGAGAACUCCAAAUGGAAAUUGUUGCAGCUGGCAAAGGCGGUGCUUCCCCACAUGAGUUUUACAAGCGAAACCAUCAGUGGACGGAGGGCCUUCUGUCCGCGGCUAAAGCUGUUGGCGUAGCUGCACGUGUGCUGGUGGAGUCUGCUGACGGUGUGGUGACCAGGCAAGGAAAAUUCGAACAGCUUAUUGUCGCGGCUCAAGAGAUCGCAGCAUCAACGGCACAGUUGUUUGUGUCUAGUCGCGUUAAAGCUGAAAGAGAUUCUCAAAAGCUUGCUGCCUUAUCAGUUUCAUCCAAGAACGUUAACCAAUGCACUGCUCAAGUGGUGGCUGCCGUGAAAAAUGCGCAGACCACACUGAAUGAUCAAGGUACCACUUACGUUAUCUUGGAUUCAUUGAUUGAAACUGUAAUUGGUCCCUCAUGUCGGGGUGCUUAG